AUGAUUUAUUCUUUUCUGGCGACAAAUGCGCUGCAAUUCCUGCUGCUAUGUGAUGGUGUGCAUGGUGUUCUUCUCUAUGUCGCAUCUUACUUGGGGAAUGUCACAAUUCUAUCUCUGACAUAUGACCAUUUUGCUGUAACUAGCCCCGCAGGCUCCGUCGAAGAUGGCUAUUUCGCUGGAUUUGCGCCCGCGAAGAGGUAUAAUCUCUCCGUCGUCGACACAUUCAGGACCCCUGCAAAGUAUGUCGAGUGGUUGACCUUGAAUAAACACAACAAUAUUCUUUACCUUACCGACGGAGUCACAACAGGGAAUGGGAGUUUGACUGCCUAUCGCACAAGCUCCAAGAAUGGAACUGGACCCCCAAUUCAACUGGAUAGCAUCAAGACCCUUUCCGAUGGUGCUUUUGCUGGUUUGUACGCAAAUGGCAAGGCAAUCGCAGUAGCCCACUACAGCAGCAGUGCUCUGCAGACAUACGACAUCACCGCUGCAAAUGGUACGAUCAAACCUUUGGAGACUUUCACCUAUACUCUGGACAAGCCAGGCGGCACAGUACGCCAAACUGCCCCCUUUAUCCACGAAGCACGUACCGACCCGUUGGAACAAUAUUUGUUGGCCAUUGAUCUUGGUUCCGACCUGGUGCAUAUCUAUACUAUUGACGAUGAUACACUAUUACUCGAGGAACGGGCGUCAUUGAAUUUUACAUCAGGAUCCGGCCCCCGACAUGGAGUCUUCAGCCAAGACCCAAUAAUGUUUCCAGACGGUGUCGCGAGCUAUGUCUUUUACCUUGGGGCCGAGAUCGCAGGAACAAUCACAGCCUAUCGUGUGAAAUAUCUGCCUAAUAGAGGAGGUCUGGAUUUCAAGCUUUUGCGUACAUACAGCUCCCUGGAGCCUGGAAAGCCAAAUCCAUACACCGGUGGCAAAGAAAUUAUCGCAGAGUUGAGAAUCAGCCCAGAUGGUAAUUUCCUCAUUGCAAGCAACCGCCGAGAUGCUACGUUCAAUGGAACAAUCACCCAGUAUCCUCCAAAUGGAACAUCAGACUCGAUGUCCACGUUCAGAAUCAGGCAGGAUCUGAGCGGGAAGCUGGAUUUCGUCCAAUCGGCGCCAGCAGGUGGAUCAUUGGCUAGGACUUUUGAGCUUAACAAGGCAGGAGAUCUGGCUGUGGUCGGACUUGAAGACUCGGAUCGGGUUACUAUUCUUGAAAGGGACGUGGCUAGCGGACUUUUUAAGCAGCAAAUUGCUGCAAUAGACAUCUCGGGUCAGAUUUGGGGCGUUCUGUGGAAUGAGUAG